AUGCUUGACCUUUUGAAAGAAACGUUAGAAACGAUCAAGUGUCUGCCAAAUUCUAUGGUAGAUAUGACAGAAUUCCCACACAUAGUGCUUAAUCAACACAGCCCCGUGUGAGGCAUUCAUUGAACCUCAGUCUCAAACUAGGGCCAUUCAAAUGUUAAGAGGUGAUCUACCAGCGACAGGAAAUGAAAAAUACUUUGAUGAAAGAGUCUCUGAAACACAUAUGGAUAAAAUGGUCCUUACUCCAGGGGAACAUCAACAUGAGUUAGGAUUCGAACAUAGGAUUGGUGAGGACUUAGAAAAUCAAGGUGAGGACUAUUUAGGAAAUCAAACUCGGUUGUCUGAAGACUUGAAGACAAAGAUGGAAGGGCCGUUUGUCUUAGCUUGUGCUGAAACAAGGAGAUCUCCAAACAUUGCUGCAAUGGAUGAAUUUUCAAAAUCCAGCCCAAUCAAACCACUGAAGGAAAUAUUUUCCAGUAAGACGAUUAAUGCACAAGAGGAUACUGUGAAGAGCACUGAAGAACAAUUUGAAAAACAACCCAGCUCUGCAGAAAGCCUGUAUGAGAACAUUGAGAGUGAAUGUGAAGAUAAACUUUUAGCCUUGCGGAUUAGAAAAUGGCAAAAGGGAAUAUAG